AUGAUUCUGGGGGCCGCACCGGAUGAUACGCAACAGUGCGGUAACGGGCGUGGCGGAGAAGCAAAGGAUAAACAAGGAGGGCAGACCGUGAAAGGGGCAUUGGCGGCGGCGAAGCCACCCACGAAGCACAGGACGGUGAAGAAUUCUGGUGUGGGUCCGCCAACCACCAUCGAGCGAUUCAACCUUGGGGGGGGAGGGGGGAAGCUGCCCCAGCUACAGGUCACCCAGCGGGCAACUACUAGUGCGAUGCAAGUGGGAGCAGCAGCAGCUCCUGCGGGUAUGACUGUUGCGAGGGUGGGAGGAGCAGCGUCAACGGGAGGGAGGGUGGGAGCAGCAGCAGCAUCAACUGGGGUGAAGGUGGGAGCAGCAGCAGCGUCAACGGGAGGGAGGGUGGGAGCAGUAGCAGCAUCAACUGGGGUGAGGGUGGGAGGAGCAGCAGCGGCAUCGACUGGAGGGAGGGUGGGAGCAGCAGCGGCAUCGACUGGAGGGAGGGUGGGAGGAGCAGCGGCAUCGACUGGAGGGAGGGUGGGAGCAGCAGCGGCAUCGACUGGAGGGAGGGUGGGAGCAGCAGCGGCAUCGACUGGAGGGAGGGUGGGAGGAGCAGCGGCAUCGACUGGAGGGAGGGUGGGAGGAGCAGCAGCAUCGACUGGAGGGAGGGUGGGAGGAGCAGCGGCAUCGACUGGAGGGAGGGUGGGAGGAGUAGCGGCAUCGACUGGAGGGAGGGUGGGAGGAGCAGCGGCAUCGACUGGAGGGAGGGUGGGAGGAGCAGCGGCAUCGACUGGAGGGAGGGUGGGAGGAGCAGCAGCAUCGACCGGAGGGAGGGUGGGAGGAGCAGCGGCAUCGACUGGAGGGAGGGUGGGAGGAGCAGCGGCAUCGACUGGAGGGAGGGUGGGAGCAGCAGCAGCAUCUACUGGAGUUUUCAGGCCCAGGGGUACCACUACUGUAAGGACGCCGCCUCCAGGGCCCACGGCUUUGGCUGCCGUAUCAACCAGGGUGGCGCACACGCAGUGGGUAUCACGAGCGGAGUUUGCGGCGCUUAGGAAGGAGAUGCUCCAACAGUUUGAGAGCCUCAGGGCUCAAGGAGUCGCGGUUCCUGCUCAAGGACUUGCGUCGCAGGGCAACGACGCAACAACAGGCGUUCCUCGCCCUCCAAGUCAGAGUGCCGGACAAAUCGCUCUGGAAAUGGUGAUCGUCGAUGCUGGAGACUGGAAGGUGAAGUGCCGGAGUGUCAUCACCGAGUUCUUCUGGCUGAACGACGCUCUUCACAUCCAGAUGUAUCCUUCGAGUGAAGAGGCGAUGGCUGGGUUAUCUACUUAUCUGUCCCCUGAUACCAUGCCCCACUUGCAACUGCUGUGGAAACAACAAUGCCCAACAACAAAGGGGGCAUUCUAUACAGCAUGCAGCAAUACCCGGUGUGCAAUUGGCAAAAUACUCCGUCGAUUGGUUCUAACUGCAUUGGGGCGGGAGAAAAACAAGGGGAAGGUGAUGUCCCUCCCGGCGGAGUUGGAUCGUCUGGCGGUGUAUCAGAACGAUGCCGAACUGGUCCGGGACAACAUGACUGGUGAGCUCCUAACCCUUGCUCUCUCCCCCCCUCCUCUGUCACAUGCUCUCUCCCCCCCUCCUCUGUCACAUGCUCUCUCCCCCCCUCCUCUGUCACAUGCUCUCUCCCCCCCUCCUCUGUCACAUGCUCUCUCCCCUCCUCUGUGA